AUGGAGGAUGAUAGAGAAGAAAAAUGCGUUGCCAUUAAGUUACACGAAGAUGAAUUUAGUGGUUUAAUAAGAAAUAUUGCAAGCAGUAUUCCUCGAGAUAAAGUUGGCGACACUGCAAGUGGUAUUCUUGGUAAUCUAGUGAGCAGUUUCAGUGGCCAUGGAGCUGGAGGUGGGUCUGAGGGCAAAGGAUACAACCAAUCGGGUAGAUACGGAAGUGGUGGAUACAAUCAAGGAGGUGGAUAUGGAAGUCGGUAUGGUGGUUACGGAAGUGGUGAAUAUAAUCAAGGAGGAUAUGGUACAGCAGGAUUUGGUAGCGGUUAUGGAAGUGGUGGAUAUAAUCAGGGAGGAUAUGGUACAUCAGGUUUUGGUAGCAGUUAUGGAAGUGGUGCAGGCUUUGGUUAUGGUGGGGAAGAAUAUGACAGUCGUGACAAAUAUGAAAACAGAGAGAACAAUAGUGGCAAUAGUAGUGCGUUUGGACUAGUUGGAAAUCUAAUCGGUGGAAUAUUGGACAGCGGAAGUGCUAGCCGUAGAGGUAACAAUGUUUACAACGAUUAUGAAAGUGGUGGCAGUGGUUACGAUGAUUACAACCGAAAAAAGCCAGAAAAAAUGCGUAAGCUUAUUUUUGCUACCUUUUCGUUUGCAAAUAUAAGAAGUCGAAAGAAAAUGUUGGAAACCCAAGAAAAAAGAAGAAAACAAGCUGAAAGAAAAUCUGUCAAAUUUUUGGCCUAUCAUGAACACUAA